AUGUCACAGCGAGCAAUUGCUAGAGAGCUCAAAACAAGCCGUUGCUUCAUCCAGAAUGUGUUAGCUGACUACAAUCACAUCGGUUCCUUGCUCCAGCAUCGCCGAGAUCCACCAGAGAGAAGAAUAUUGAAUGCUGAAGUAAUCAGCUGUAUUGAAACGGAGAAACUUAUGAAACCAAGCGUAUACGUAAGGGAACUGCAAGAUUGUUUGUUACUCGAUGGAGUAGUUCAUCUUCUGGACCUGCCGUCAAAGUCUGCCAUAUCAAAGUGUAUCAGGGAGGAUCUCUACAUGACAAAAAAGGAAAUACAGCGAAUACCAUCAGAAUCACAAAGGAGUGACAAUAUUCAUCAUCGAAAGGGGAUUUAA